AUGCAGAAAUGGCCGCUACCUAGGAACCUCAGGGAAUUGAGGGGUUUUCUAGGAUUGACUGGUUACUACAGAAAGUUUGUGAAGAGAUACAGUACCAUUGACUGGCCGUUGACUGAACAGCUGAAGAAGGGCAAUUUUUGCUGGGGAGAGGCAACCACCCAGGCGUUCGAUAGGUUAAAGGAAGCUAUGACGACUGUUCCUGUUCUAGCCCUUCCAGACUUUGGUCAGGCAUUUGUGGUAGAGACCGACGCGUCAGGAUAUGGGUUGGGAGAAGUGUUGAUACAAAACCACAGGCCUAUGCGAUGGAUUAUGGAUUAUGAUGUGGCUGAGGCUCGUGUCCUCGUCGUCUUGCUGGUGGAAACCUUUGGUGAUAUUCCUCGAGUUGGUGGGUUUCUGGGGGCUUUAUUCGCCUUACUGGAUGGUCCGUGUGAGACUUCGGGGAUGCUGGGAGCCUCGGCUGAUUACUGA